CACGCCAUUCAUGUGUUAGUCCGCGCUUGGAGAGUACCUCGCCCGUGCUUUUUCGCGCUCACUUUUCUCUCUCUCCUUGUUUUCACCGGUUUGUUUACACUGAAAAUUUCCUCCGGUACCCGCUCCGGAAAAUUUAGUGCGUUCCUAGCUUACAGAGACUCAUAGCUCCUCGGUAGUUGUGCGCUAAGGCGAAUUCGGGUCUGUCGGACUUUGGCCAGCGCUGUGGCAAGUGUUGCGAAGGGACUAAAAUGACGCUGCCGAACGACGCCGAACAGGACGAGCGAGGCGACCAAGGCGCCUGCGGGCCCAACGCCUCCAACACGGCCCCCUCGGCCGAGGAAUACAACGGAUACGGCAGCCUUAACUCCAGAAGCAGUUCAAGUUCUAAAGUUAUAGUUAGUAAUAUUGCAAAUCAGACCAGAAACGAGGACAUCGAGGCCCUUCUCAGCUCGCACGGUACAAUCGUAAAUUUCGAAAAGUUGAAUUCGUCAAGGGAUGGAGCUGCCAAAGCGUUUCAAGUCAGUUUUGAAACACCCGAACAAGCUCAACAGGCUGUAAGUGAAGUAAACGGUUACGAAAUUGAUGGCAACAUUUUAAAAGCAGACUUAGCCAUGGACCGAAGGAGCCGGACCAGAGGGUCACGCUUCCAGUCGGGUGGAUUCUCAAAUGCUCCCGGCCAGCCAGGCCGCCAAACAGACUUUCCUCUCCGUGUUCUUGUUCAGUCAGACAUGGUUGGUGCUAUUAUUGGAAGACAGGGUUCUACAAUUAGAACAAUCACUCAACAAACCAGGGCCAGUUGUAGAGUUGAUGUUCAUCGGAAGGACAAUGUUGGAUCAUUAGAAAAAGCUAUUUCAAUUUACGGAAACCCAGAAAAUUGUACAAAUGCUUGUAAAAAAAUUUUAGAAGUUAUGCAGCAAGAAGCAAACUCCACCAGCAAAGGUGAAAUUACAUUAAAAAUUCUUGCUCACAACAAUCUGAUUGGUCGCAUCAUUGGGAAAGGUGGAAAUACAAUAAAAAGAAUAAUGCAAGAUACGGACACAAAAAUUACAGUCUCCAGCAUUAAUGACAUCAACAGUUUCAAUCUGGAGCGAAUUAUCACGGUCAAGGGGUCAAUCGACAAUAUGUCUGCAGCAGAAUCACAAAUUAGCGCCAAGCUAAGGCAAAGUUAUGAAAAUGAUCUUCAAGCUAUGGCUCCACAAAGUAUGAUGUUCCCUGGUUUACACCCUGUUGCAAUGAUGGCAACCUCCGGUAUGAGUUACACUCCUAGAGGAGCCCCUGGCUAUCAGCCACCUGGCCUGUAUGCAGGCGCACCACCAGCCCCAUAUCCUCCGAUGUACCAACCUGGACCACCACCAUCCCUCGCUUCAGGCGGUGAUGCUCAGGGUUUUGACUGUGAUUUACAGGAAACGACUUACUUAUAUAUUCCCAACAAUGCAGUUGGCGCUAUUAUCGGGACCAAAGGCUCUCACAUCCGUAACAUGAUUCGAUUCAGUGGUGCCAGUGUCAAAAUUGCUCCUCUAGAAGAAAAAGCAGAUCCUUUAUCUAGUGAACGAAAAGUCACAAUUGUUGGCUCACCAGAAUCCCAAUGGAAGGCUCAGUACCUGAUAUUUGAAAAGAUGCGAGAAGAAGGUUUUGUGAUGGGAACAGACGAAGUAAGACUCACCGUGGAAAUCCUUGUGCCGAGCAGUCAGGUUGGCCGAAUCAUAGGCAAAGGUGGUCAAAAUGUUAGAGAACUACAGCGUUUGACUGGAUCUAUUAUUAAGCUUCCUGAGCAAGGCUCUUCCCACGAAGAAGACACCACCGUCCAUAUUAUUGGUCCCUUCUUCUCAGUUCAGUCUGCUCAAAGGAAAAUCCGUUCAAUGGUCCAGCCAGGGCCUGGGGGUCCAGUGGGGCGCAUGCCACGUCAUCGAGGGCCACCGGAAGCUUCUCAGUAACGCCAGCUACCUUAGUAAACACCACCAAAUUGCCACACCGCCGCACCAACUACGAGACCGCCACACCAAAGAUGCAUCGGCGAUCAACACCAACUCUCAUCUGGGGCGGAAAACUAUGUGACUCUAUUAUAGUACAAAGGGGCUCACCCACCGGUAGGCAGGUGAAAGUGUAGCAUUUUCUAAUUUUUGUUGUUAGGUUUUAUCACUCAGAAACGAACACUUUCGCCCUUCUACUUGCGGCACCCCAAUUUGUGACUUAGGGUAAAUAAUUGUUUUUAAAAAAUGGAAAAAAUAAAAAAAAAAGUAAAAAAAUUUAUGAAAUGAAAAUAUAUAUAUAUGAUUGAUAUAUAUUUGAAAAAAAUACAAGAGAAAAACGAGGGGAUUUUAAAAGUGGAAACACGUUUAUUUUUGAUAAUGUUGUUAAGUAAUUUAAUAAUCUUUGUUAGAAGAUUUUUAUUUAAAUGAUGACAAAUUAUUUUUAAAAGUUAGAAAAUUUGUUUUCCUCUUUUUUUAUUUAUUUAUUUAAUUUUUUAAAAUUUUAAAUUAUUUACUAUGGCGUGUAGCAUUUUACGCUACAUGGAAAUUGGAGAGUCAAUACAGAAGCCAUCGAAAGUAAAAUAGCCUUAUUAACUUCAUUUUAAAUCAAAAGGAGGUACUGAAGACUGAAAUUAUGUUAGCUGUCUCAAAAGUAAGGAAGAUUUUUGAUAGAAUCCAUUUGAAAGCUAGCUUUAUCUCUGUCGAGGGUUUUAUGCAUUAUCUUUUGGAGAUUUCAAGUUACUCCACGAUCUUUUUGGUCAUUGUUGCCCUUAAUGCUUAAAAAUCUGAGUCUCAUGAAUGUGCAAUGGGUAUUUGCAAAAAAUGCGACGCUACAAUUUGUCAACUAAUGACAUCAGUUGAGGCCAGAACAAGUUUGAUGAAAAUUAAACGAACAAGUCCUUGAAAUACCUCCCGGUCUGCUGUUUUAGCAAUAGAUAAUUUUACCAGAAAUAGUGGAGCGGAAGGUGUCUCUUGACCUCCUGACAAGUGUUGGCACUAUUCCUCAAAGGAGUAUUUGUUUUUCAGAAAAAGCUUUGGUAAAUUUCAUGGUCUUUUAAAUGCCACAUUCUUCCGAAUACUAUUUAUCUUCCUUACUUGAGAGACUUUUCAGCCUUUUCCUUCCCUCUUUUUUGUAUAACCAAUUUCCUUUUUGAUCAACCUUCGUUUAGAUUAUCCCCUAUCUCAAUUAAGGUGCGCUAGCUUUUAGCCUUAAUGCCUCUCUGGGAAUUGUGUAGUAUCAAACAAAUCAACAGUUCAUAACCCCAAAAUUGCAUUUAGGUACACCAUUUCUAAUCUUGGUAAAGCUAGUUGGUGCUCCCAAAUAUCUGUCCAAAAUCAAUUUCUGCUUUUAAAAAAUUUACACCGCGUCACAGGUAGUUUGCGGUUUUAUUUUAAUUUUUUCUUUUUUUAAAUACAAUUAACAGAUCCAUCUCUGAGAGAAUCAAGCGAGAUCAAAAGUUAUUUGAAGAACCUUCUUUAUCCCAAUAUUGCAUCCUAAAUACACGGAAGAAGAUCCAGUCAAAGCCGAUGUUUCAAUAAUCAAUCUCACUCUUUUGGUCUAUGGUCAUACUUCCCCUCUGGCGUAACUCUGUUUCCUACAUGACUUUUUUGUCAAGCAAGUGGUGGUCCCUUUUCCUCUCUCUUAGUACCUUUUUUUUAUAUUUCUGUUCAUUCGCAACUGAUAACCUUCUUUUGCCUACAAUAGUACCAUAUUCAGUGCAUUAUAAUAAGCCUUGAUUAGUUUUGUAACCUCAACUCUGUGCAGCUAUCUUAAAAUCUGGUGAUAUCCUUUGUUUGCCAUUUUUCAUGAUAGCCCCAGCAGUAGCUUCAUAUACAUUUUCAACUCAGUGUUUUUGUUACAGUUUAUAUUGUGGUCAGUAUCUUUGCAGCCCUCCCAAUUUAUUUUUCUCCAUUUUGGUGCCUUGUGAAAAAUGUUUCGUAAUUUCAAUAAUUUUUCUUCUCUUUUUCGACAGCUUCAGGCCUUGCAACCGUUGCCUAUAUAGCGCAUUUAUAUUAGUAUUGACAUGAAUUUCUGUACAUUAGUUAUUGCUCCAUAGACUAGAUUUUGUUAACUAUUUUUACAGUUUUAUUAGGUUUUAACUUUUUUGUUAUUUAGUUGCGUAACCACAGUUUUUCUCACUCUCCUUCUGCUGUGAGGACAGCUUCGAUCAUUUUAAAUUCGUCUUGAACCUCUUCAAAGUCUCAUUCUAAACGUUAAUCGAGGAAUUAUUCUAGCGUUACUCUCUGUUUUAGGAGGCUUAUCUAUUUACAAAUCUCCUCGCUGAUUUUACUAUUUGUGACUAAAGGUCUCAUUUUAGUGUGAGAAACUUGUUGAGAAUAUUAGUUUUUGACAUCUUUUUGAAAUCUGUUAAUUUGCGGCUAAUUUUACACACAUGCAAACCUCCCCAAAGCCAUUUAAGAAUUCAUACAGCAUUAGAGACUGGAAUGUUUCUCACAAAAAUUAUUUGUAGAAGCAGAACUGGUAAUCAGUUGAUUCUGCCAAUGAAUGGAACUGCUUCUGCAAGUACUUUUUAACUAGCUCUGGUAGAACUUCACAUUUUGCCACAGCUCCAGUGCUCUAUGAAUUCUUAAUAUUAAAAGUACUGCUAAGCUGCGAUUCCUUCCUAGUUUUCGAUGUUUGAUUCAGCAAUAUAGAAAUAAUAGUAGAGAUUGCUAGUUAUUGAGCUUGUCAGGCUUUUUCUACCCCAAACCUGUCCGUAAUGUGUUCAUGCUACCGAGAGGUAGCUGUCAAGCUCAACAUUUAGUAGUCUUAGCUCCUUUCACCACUCGGGCGGAAUUUUUAAAUAUUUGAAGUUUAAAACUUUGUAUGAGUUUUGAGUUAGUCAAUGGAUGUGCAUCCCAAAGCAGUGAUUGUAGAUCUAGAAUGUGAAUUUUUUUUGAUCAGUCCUCAUAGCAGAUAAGACCUCUUCCAUUACCUCAGAACCUGAAAGCUGAGAAAACUUGAAAGCAAAGAUUUUGCUAUUACGAGACAUAGCUUAUCGAAGGUAUUUUUUUGCCAAGCUGGAAGAUACUGAUGCACUCUUUAUUGUUACAUUAUCACAAUUUGUUUUUUUAUUUAUUUAUUCAUAUUUAUUCAUUUUUUCUUUACACAGGUAGUUUGGUUGCUUUCAAGUCUGCCAUUACUUUUUUGUAACAAUACUUACGGGUUCAUAUUUUCUUGUUACGUUCUCCACAAUUUUUCUUUCCUUUGACUUUCCCCAUUCCCCUCUCUUCUCUAUAAAAUUUUUAACCAUUGUUAGUAGUUAAAUAGUUUCAAUUGAAAAUUACACUUGCUAGUUCAUCCUCUUCAGCAUCAGCAAUUCCUCUCUUUGCAUAACACUCACUUUUUAGUGGAAUAUCUCAAAGUUUCAUGAAGUCGAAAUCAAUAGCACCAUGACAAAAUAUUGAAACAAAGACCCAGUACCAAUCUGGAUCAGGUCAUUUGAAUGCUUAGUGCGUUUCCCAACAUUUAACAUUUCGAAACUUAGCAAUAUCGUUGCUGAGAGGAAACUUGUUAUAUGUCCCAAAUCCCUUCCACUCUAACUCAUGCGAGACCUACCAUCAGUUACGAUGGGUCCAUUACUUUUUUUUGAGAAUGUGAGCUUAUUUUAAAGUAAUCUACAUUUAAGAUUCAUUUGUACGGUAAAUCUCAUGAAAUAUGUGCUUUUACUUUCCUAAAUAUUUUUGUCUCCUUUUGAAUAAGUUUGUUUUAUUGAAGUUGUGCAACGUACAAGUGUCUCUCAGGGAGUAUUAAAACGUUAUACUAUCUUUAUUAUUGUAACUCGAAAAUCGUACGUGUAUAUACUUCAAUCACAGCCCGAUUGAUUCCAGUUUCAUAGGGAAAAUAAAGUCUUACGAUUGCAAAUACAGCCUUUUCAAAUGCAUGAUCAAUGCCCAAAAGUAUGAUGUUUUAAAUAAAUCAGUUUGUUCACCACAAACUUUCGAAUUUUAUACGUAAGUUUCUCAUCCUAAGUUUGAUUCAUUUUGCACUGCUUUUAAGAUAAUCAGCACCCAUUUUAUCAAACAUCAACUGAGUUUUUUUUAAAUGAAAUCUUGCCCAUCUUGGUACUUACAAGUUAACGUAGAAAAUUGCAUACUGUAAAAAAGACUAAAAAUAAAAAUAAAAAUAAAAAAAAUGAAAAAUAAAAAAAAACUGCUUCUAUUUAUCAAUUCCCUUCUCAAGUUUAUAUAAUAAGUUCUAUCUGUAAUGAUGCAAUUCUUUCAAGCACUUGGCUUUCCCUUCCGAAGUUCAAUAUUUCAUAAUGUUUCUGUGAUGUUGAACUGCAAGUUUGGAAAUCCAUAGUGGAUUUGAUUGUUUUGCUCCAAAAAUUACAGCACGUGGUCUAGUUGUCUAUACUUAACCUAAGUUGUGCUGGGUUGAGCCUGAUAGUGAAAAGAAAAAAUUGCAUGCAGGAAGCAUCAACAGACUGCUUUGUCACAAUAACCUUUAUUCUGAAAAACAUGUCUAUCCCCUCAGUUUGACAAGUUAAUGCAAAACGAUAACGAAAACUGGACAUUUCUCAGUCAAUAGGUUGCUGGUUCCCUGUUUUCAUCGGCUGUUUGGUGGAAACAUCCAAUUUUCUGUCAAAUUUGUAUGAACAUUGAAGUCUUAUGUUUGUCUCCUGAUCAUGGAUUUUCAGUUUCGAUAAACUUUCUCAGAUCAUUCUUGCUCACUCACGACACAGUCUGACAAUUAAUAUUUGAUUCACAUGCAUAAUUUCUCAGAUUCGCUUACGUAUUGAUAACAGUCAAGGGACUGAUGUGAAACAUUUUUGAACCUUCCACUGGACACCUUGUUUGUCUAUUUUUCACUUCGCUUUCUUUAUGUUAUAUCUAUUCCUGUGUGUAUACUGAUUUCUUGGCUUUACUUUUCAUCUUAAAUUCCAUUUCAAUGUCUUAAGUGUGUAAAACUGUAAAAUUAAUUUUUCUUAAGUCCAGGGAAAGGUUCAAAAACAAUUGUACAGUCAAAAUAUACGAAAGAUUGAAUCCGCACUAAACUAUUUUAUCAAUACUAAGUUCUGUCUAAAUUUAAAUUUGUACUCCUAAUUCAUUUGUUGCUAAUUAUCGGGAGAAGUUAAUCUUUCUAGUUUGGUUUCCAUGAUCAACCUGCCAAUGCAGUCUGGAAUGUAAGAAUUAGAAGUAUGACUGUCAUAAAAUGAGAAAAUAUUUUGGUCAGUCUCUAAUGCAUCAUUUUUAGCCAAUUUCUUUCCUCAUUUUCUGCUUUAGUUAGGCACAAUAAGUAUCAACUGUAAAUUGAACUGAUAUAUUUUGGUAGAAAGAAAAAACAAUGAAAACUUUCUCUACAAUCACUUUCAUUUGCAAUCCUGCCUCUGCAUUCCUUUGGCAGACUUUUAAUUUGAGCCGCGCCAGAAAUAACUGUGCAAUCAGGAUUAGUUUCAGUUCAUCUGAAGUCAAAUUUCAUUCAUAGUAAAUGAAUUCUUUAUGGUGUGAAUCACCCCGACAAGAUAGACAGCUGAUCUGCUCUGCAAAGCUAUUCUUGCGUUUUGUAAAUAUUUUUUAAACAGGUUUUAUUUGAAACUUAGGUUUGUUAUUCAUGUGACAAAAACUGUCUCUCGUGCAAACACUUUUAGUUGAUUUAGCCGGAAAGAGCAACACCAGAGUCCACCCAUUUUCACUCUCUGUUCAGACUUUCAUGAUUUUGUUUUUGCCCGGAGGAGCAUGAAUGUACAAGGACAGAUUCUAUUAACAUGUCUUGCACACUUCUUCUUGCUAUUUCAUUUCGCUGAACCAUUUUAAGUUCAGUCCUGAACCUGUAAAAUUUUUGUCUGUUUAUUCACUGUAUUAUCCAUUCUCAGAAGUAUUUUUCAAAAUUCCUCCCAUUUGAUCAUAAAAAUCCGAUCCACCUGAUCGUGAGCAACCUUUGGAGUAAAUUUUGGCCUGGAUAUCACUAAAUUGAGAAAUUCUUAAAAUAACAUCAGCAUCUCUUCAAUUUUUGUACAAUUUCAUCCUUGUCUUGCAAUUCAGUCAAAGAGAGGAAGGCUGAUAUCAGCAGCACCAUUUUACUUUUUCAUUGCCGACUGUUACAUACUCUAUUUCAGAAUUUCAUCUGCUGUUACAUUGCUUUUUAUUUUCUUACACAAUGUAUGAGGAUUUUUUUAAAUGAUCCAGAACACAGUAGCUCCAGGCUGACUUGUUUUCUCUGAAAAAGGAAACUCACAAAAAAAAAUGUAGGUGUCCACCUCCGCAUAAUCAAAUGAUGACGGAUUUUGAAAAGUUCAAAAUGGAGCUUCAUGUUUCAUUUGAUGUAUUAUCAUAUGUUUUAUAUCUAUAUUAUGUAUGUCUAUAAUUUCUCUUUUCUCUCUCUUUUUCUCCUCUGUCUCUGCCCAUUACAGAUGAAGUUUGUAUAUUCUGCUGAAAUAUAUUUGUCUACAUAUGUAUGAUAAAUGUUUAUGUAUGUAACACUGAUAUAUUUAUGCAUCACCGGUACCCAUUUUACUGGCUUUCAACGUGACUGUGUGCCAACUUUUCAUCCAUUUCAUUUUGCUUUUUUACCUCUAGUUUAGUUAGUCUGAGAAGAAAAAAGUCCCUUAAAAAAUUGAAAAAAAAAAAAAAAUUAUAUGUAGUCAUGUUUAUCAUUUAUCUAUCCGUAAUUUUUGUGUAUUUAUCUAAAACUUACUCUGUUUGCUACAAGAAAAAGGAAUCGAUGUCUACUCAGGAGUGAUUUGAAUUGAAAUUUCUUUUGGAUUAUUUGCAUGUGUUUUCAUAUUUUUCUGUCUGACUCUGUGCGUGUAUUUUCAAAAGUUUUGGAACAUAGAAAUAAUGGAUAAGUGCACGUCACGUUGAUAUCGCUAUCUUACAGUCGUAUUCUAUAUUCUGUACUGGUUAUCUAUAAUUUGUUACUAAAUACUAAAUACUGGAUAGUAAAGUAAACAUUAAAAAUAAAAAGUAAUUACACUUUGGUGGAGGGUUUGUCAGGUAGAAGAGGCAAUGUAUUUUGACGAGAAUGAAUUUAUUUUCAGUCAACUGACCUCUUAAACGAUAACGAUGAUUUAAACAAGACAAAAACUGCACUCUGUGUCCGUUGCCUUGAAAGAUGCAGAAAUCCAAAUCCAAAUCAGGCGUUCAAACUACAUUUUUCAAGGGGCAAGGCUGAAGCAGCGGUGCCAGUCGUUGAGCUACAGUAAACAGUAAACCUCAGUGAACCAUACAGUCAGGAUUAUAGAUUUUACACAGGUUUGUGUUGACUAAUUAUAGAUUUAUACGUUAUUGAAAAUGUCAGAGUUAUAUGUUAUAUCGGUGUUAGCAUUUUUAAUAAUUUGAAUUUUAUAUAUAUAUUUUUAAUAUAUUGUUAACAACUAACAAACCAUCGUCUAUAGUUCAUGCAAGCAUUGCAGUCUCCUUUUUCUACCAUGGAAAUAAACUAAUUAUUAUAGUUA